AUGAUUCGCGACCCGUUCGACAUCCACAGAAACAACAUCCUCAGGACGACAGCCAGCCGUGCGGUCCAGAACAUACGAGAAGCGGCUACCGUGGCCGCCCAGCAGGCAACGCAGGCUGCAACACAGGCCGCCAACCAGGCUACCCAGGCCGGCGCCGAUGCUCUCGACAACAUGUCGUCCUUCUCCGUACCCAGGAACUUGCCCAACUUUUCUGGCGAAGGCCGGGACCUCGAGGACUCGGCCUGGUCGGCGCUUCGGGGGGCCGGCGCCAAGGUGCAGGAUCGUGUGACGGGCAUGUUUGACCAGGAGUCGCUGCCCAUGUACAAGGACAAGCCGUACUCGCACGUGCCGUCGCGCAGGAACAGGUCCUGGUGGAGGAAGAAGAGGAUACUCGGGUCCCUGGUCUUCACCUUCGUCUCAGUCCUCUACCUCUUCGGCUUCUUCUCGGAAGAGUCCUCGGAGGGCAGGCUCCGGGGAAGCUCCGGGAAACCUUCGUGGUCGUCGUGGGCGGCCCUCUCGUCCAGCGCCGACUGGGAUGACAGGCGGCAGCGGGUCGUCGAGGCUUUCGAGGUCAGCUGGGAUGCUUAUGAGCGCUAUGCAUUCGGAAACGACGAGUUCCACCCGGUCACCCGGACGGGCAGGAACAUGGCACCCCGCGGCAUGGGGUGGAUCAUCAUCGAUUCGCUCGACACCAUGAUGCUGAUGAACCAGACGACCCGGCUGCGGAGCGCACGCGAAUGGAUCUCGACCAAGCUGACGUGGGAUCAGGACCAGGACGUCAGCACCUUCGAGACGACGAUUCGCAUGCUGGGCGGACUCCUGACGGCACACUACCUGUCCAACGAAUUCCCGGACAUGGCGCCGCUGACCGACGACGAUCCGGGCGCCCCCGGCGAGGACCUGUAUCUGGAGAAGGGCAAGGAUCUGGCGGACCGGCUGCUGGGGGCGUUUGACUCCCCCAGCGGCAUCCCCUACUCGAGCAUCAACCUGGCCGACGGCAAGGGUAUCCUGUCGCACGCGGACGGGGGUGCGGCGUCGACGGCCGAGGCGACGAGCGUGCAGCUCGAGUUCAAGUACCUGGCCAAGCUGACGGGCGAGAAGGCCUUCUGGGACGCAGCCGUCAAGGUCAUGGAGGUGGUGGACGGCCAGAACGCCGCCGACGGGCUGGUGCCCAUCUUCAUCCACCCCGACAGCGGCGAGUUCAGGGGCCGCAACAUCCGCCUGGGCAGCCGCGGCGACUCGUACUACGAGUACCUCAUCAAGCAGUACCUGCAGACCAACAAGGCCGAGCCCGUGUACCAGGACAUGUGGCGCGAGUCCAUGGACGGCAUCCGCAAGCACCUCGUCACCUACACGCGCGGCGCCGAGCUGGCCAUCGUCGGCGAGCGGCCCGACGGCCUGGCCGGCGAGCUGUCCCCCAAGAUGGACCACCUGGUGUGCUUCCUCCCCGGGACCAUCGCGCUCGCCGCCACGGGCGGCCUCACCGAGGCCGAGGCCCGCAAGCUGCCCACCUGGUCGGAGAAGGACGAGGCCGACAUGCAGCUGGCCAGGGAGCUCACCCAGACCUGCUGGGGUAUGUACAAGUACAUGGCCACGGGGCUGGCCCCGGAGAUUGCCUACUUUGACGUUGCCGACCCGCCGCCGUCCCCGGCCUCGUCGCAGCGCCGCCGGCCCCCGAGCGACUCGAUCUUUGACGACCAGACCCCCGAGGCUCCCUGGCGCAGCGACUACAGGGUCAAGCCCAACGACGUGCACAACCUCCAGAGGCCCGAGACGGCCGAGAGCCUGUUCUACAUGUGGAGGAUCACGGGUGAUGUCAAGUACCGCGAGUGGGGUUGGGAGAUGUUCAAGUCGUUCAUCCAGUACACGGCCGUGGGGGAGAACGGCGGCUUCACGAGCUUGUCAGAUGCCAAUGUUAUUCCUCCCAAGGUGAAGGACAACAUGGAGAGUUUCUGGCUGGCCGAAACAUUGAAAUACCUCUACCUCCUCUUCUCACCAGACGACCUCCUCCCACUAGACAAGGUGGUUCUCAAUACGGAAGCCCACGUCUUCCCCCGAUUCGACAUGGGUCAACUCUUCUCCACGGGAUGGCAGCGUAAACCGAGGGACAGCGAUGGUAACAUCAUCGAGGCGGAAAAGACCAUGACGACGACGACAACGACGACGACGACAACGACGGGAGAGAACUAA